GACGCUCUACCUUCUCUCUUAAUUCCCCGGAUCUAGCUUCUCACGGUCUCACCCAAUGCUUGAAUGCCGCCGGCGGAGGGCCAUGAGACCGUUGGCGCUGAAGGAAGCCCUUGUAUGCAGCGGCCAUCAACGACCCUUCUCGGACAUCAACGACCCUAAUUUCUCGUCAAACCUUCCGGAUGCUAAGAAUUCAAUCCUCCAACUUUCUCAUGUAAAUUGCAGAUCGAAUAGUUCUAUAUGUCAAUCGAUUCUCACCACUAGUUAUGUAAAAGCUGGCCCUGCUAUUGAUUGUGAAAAUGCCCAUGUCCCUAUAACUGGCUGUGAAAAUGUUGCCUGUGAUAAAAGUAUUGCUAUGUAUGAUGAAUUUGUCCCAAAGAGUAUAGUAGCUGCAUCUGAUAUUCCCCUUGCUGCCGAUGAUGCUUCCGAGGCAUAGAAAGAAUAUUAGGUCCAUAAGGUAAACCUAAAGGUCCCUAAGGUUAACAGUGUCAGUGCUACUGACAGCAAUGUUGUUUAUAAGGGGGCUGUGAUGACAAUUCAUUUUCUUGAGCCAGUUGAUGGGCAUUAGGGAUACCCGACCAGUAUCUUGGCGUGGCAACACACUGGCCAGACCUGAAUAUGUCACGUGUUUUGUGUGUUUGCAGCCAUGGCGGUGUCAGAUGUUUCACUUUGUCUAUUAGUGAGCUUUGUCUGAACCUCCAUUGUUGUUCAUUUAUGGAAGAGAUUUGUUUGAUGUCUAAGUUUAAACAUCUAACUUUUCUCUUAAUUUUUAUAGAUUAUAUUGAAAGUCAUUCUACAAAAAAAAUGUUCUUCCCUUGCUUUGAUAUUUGUGGAAUAUGCAGUAGAAGUUCUCCAUUGAAAUAAGACGGAUGAUGGUUAGUAAAACCUCUUGAUUUGAUAUCUGAUAGGUUAUUCUUGGCCCAACAAUCUUAGUAAAACCUCUCCCUUAAAGUGUUAAAGUAAUUGUCCUAUAUGAGACUAAAACAAAAGUGAAAUGAAAAAAUAAGACUUGAUAUGUUUUCUUCCCUUAAACAUAUGAGAAGAAAACAUAUCAAGUCCUUUAAACAUGAGAAUUGGCAUCUCGGUUUUGCCCCUGCACCGAUUUAACCUUGUUUCUCUCCUUUUACCUUCAUAAUCGACAAACUCCUUCUCCAAGCACCAAAGCAAAUCCAGAGUUUUUAACCGCACAGCAAAACAGAUCGAUAGAUUGCUUCUCUUCCUUGUACCGUUUUCUCUUCUUCUCACUAGAUCCAUCGAUUUCUCCUGCCCUGCUUAUCAAAUCGAUUUCAUCACCAACUUCAUCCCUAGCCGCCGACGUCGCCGACAACUCCGCCGCUUGCACGCCGUGAAGUGGCAACCCCGAAUUUAACACAGGCAGCAGCGAUGAGAGUAGGAUGGCGGCGGCAAAGGCGGAUGACGGCGCUGGUUAGGUGGUGACAGAUGUCGAUGAUGCCACCGGUAGGGAUGCGGCAACGCCGGCUAAGGCCCCGACAACAAUUUGUUCGUUCCAUAUAUUUUUGCAACAGGAAAACCGUUCCGAGUUUUCCGCUAGCUUGGGUCCGCAUAAGCCUCAAUUAAUUAUUGAUGAAGGAUAAAAUUGGAAAACCGGUCCUUCUUUAGUCUUACGAAUUAUUGCUUUCUUUUCUAGUCCUAUUAAUGCACAUUCAACUAGUUUUAGUCUUAUAUAGGUCAUUAACUCUAACUUUGGUCAAUAUACGCCGUGGGCAGCACAAAAUAAGAUGUGCUAAGAUCCUCAAUACGUUUUUCCUUAUCAUACCAGUGAAGCCAUCCUUUUCUCUUGUCAUAGCUUUUCCUUGCAUAUGAUUGUUUUACGCGAACAAAGAGUAUGAUAAUGUAUGUUAUAGGGAUCAGUCAGCGCAUUCCUUCCCGUUGAAAAUGGAAGAUCUUUUAUUGGACAGUUUUUUCAUUAAAUUCCACCAAAAAAACGAACAGUCUUCAUUCUUGUGUUACCUGUAAAAUUAAGCAUGCGGCUUGCUGAUUACUGAUUAGCAUUGAAAUUCUUCAUCACUUGCAAGGUCAAGUUCAUUUUUUAAUACUUGUUGACUUUCAGGUAAUGCAUUUUUUUGUACUACCUCCGUCCCCCUGUUUUUGUCCCAUUGCGGUUUACGAUGCUUGACCGACGAUAAAGCAAACAGAUCCCUGUCCGCACUCAAAUUAUUUUUUGAAAAAAAAAAUUACAUAUUCAGAAACUACAUUAAAAGCUUUACAGAGUCGCAAAUACCUGAAUCAAAUUUGAUAAAAAUUUGAAACAUAAAGUAAGAGAUUAAGAGUGAUUUGUGUUAACCAGGUGAACAGGAAACGGGACAAUAACAGGGGGACGGAGGGAGUAUUACUUAGUGGCUGAAAUCUGAAAGUUCUAUCCCGCAACCAUAUUUUAUUAAUCUGAAAGAUCUAUCCCGCAGAAAAGUUCUACUUUUCAUUACAUCAAUUAAAUUGGCAUAUUGUGAAUUCUAUUCGACUAUUCUGAAGGUUUAACUUUCAGGUAGUUUCUGACUUUAUGUUCUUGAACAUAUCAAACUUGUUAUUGCAGAGCAGAAUUUAAGCAUAUAUUAUUAAUCAUGUGGUGUAGAGGAGCUGCCAAGUCAAACCAAUACAUAUGAGAUAGAUAAGUAUGGCUGCCUGCAAUGAUGCUGCUGGCCCUUCUUGAUCUCGCACCACGUUGUUGUGCCCUCACUCUGUUGCUGUGAUGUUUUGUUUGAUCUUUCUAACCCAAACAUUCGAAUUGAAGUGUUAACUGACCAUGCUUUUGUAAUGGACAACAUUGAACUGCCUUUUUUGCCG